AUGAAUAGGAUGAAUUCGGAUUCAUGUGAUAGUAGUGUUUGUGAUACUUGUGGGUCACCUGUGGAACAGUUUGGCACAAAUGACAACAUGAGUGACACGACUAGUACUGAGCAAAUAGUGUCGACCCGACUGUCGUGGACGACAAAAAUCUUCUUCAGCUUUGGUCACGUCUACAAUGAUUUAUGCGCUUCUGUUUGGUUUUCAUACACAUUAAUCUUCUUUCAAAUGCAAUUCAAUGGUUCGGUGGCCAGUAUUUUGAUACUCUUGGGACAAGUGGCCGACGCUUUGGCCACACCUUUUGUCGGCUUCUUUUCGGACCGAAACGAUUCAAAUCAGUUGUUGUGUAGAUAUGGGAAGAGAAAAACUUGGCAUCUGUUGGGCUCUAUUCUAGUGUCCGCAGCCGUACAGGUGGGACACGUCUCACUCAUUACUGACUUAACUACAAGCGGCAACUGUUGCUUCUUCUAUAUGUGUUUAUACGAUCGCGUGUUAAUAGUGUAUAUCGUGUGCGCCAUCGGAGCCGUCUUUUCAGUGCUAUUCAAUAUUGUUGUAAAGGAAGUGAAACCACCGAAAAUGGAUUAUCCGUACAGUUCUUCCAAUGACUUGAUUACCAAUAAUGAAAUUUCCAAAAAUAUUUGCCGCAAAGAAGUGGACAAUAAAAACAAUAAUAUUAAAGAUUACGGCACUAAUUGCACUAAUAUUUCAUAUUCUCCGACAAAUCCGGAAAACGGAAACAUCAAAUCCAAUCAAUUUUAUAAAUGGAGCGAUUGGUUAAAGGAUUUUAAAUUUUACAAAGUGGCUAGCAUAGCUAUCAUCCCAUUUGUGACAUACAUUAGUGGAUUCAUUUGGUCACUCAUAUCGAGAUUUAUAUCCAAUAAAACGGGAUCCAAAAUACUACUAGUGAUGGGUUGUCUGUUUGGAUUGGCUUCUUGUGUGUGGAAUAGUUUUGGUUCCGUAGACAACGAGUCGUUCAAACAAUGGCAGGUCUAUGGGGCAGCCCUUCUCUUCGGCAUCGGUGGCACAACUAUGCUUAUCGCCAGUCUAUCCCUCACAUCAGAUCUGAUUGGAAACAAUACGACGAGUUCAGCCUUUGUCUUCGGGACAAUGAGCUUCUUCGACAAAGUGCUCAACGGUUCGGUUGUCGUAAUUCUGGAACAAAUAAAUCCCUAUAAGAAUAGGUCAGACGAUGAAAGCUUUUCCAACACUUACUACAAACAGAUUGUGGUGUAUGUCUCGGGAGCGGCAGCUCUUCUCACACUAUUGGCUGUCAUCCCAAUUAUGAGGACUAAGGCUUCAAGUCAUCUAAAGUAUAGCUCCAAAUACUUCUCCCGUCUUGACAGAGAGGCUGUCCUCGGAUUUUGUCCCGAAGAAGGUGUCGAUUGCGGACAAUCCAUGCGAACCGACAGUUGCAGACCAAUGGGUUAUAACUGA